AUGGACUUUGACGUCGUCCCAUACGAAGAUAUUGUCUGGGGAGAACGAAUUGGCGGAGGGAGCUUUGGAUCUGUAUUCAAAGGACAAUACUUGGGAAUCGACAUUGCAAUCAAGGAGAUCCACCCCUCAACACAGUACGAUGUACACAAGUACUUUGAGCGCGAGUGGCGUAUCCUGCGAGAAUGUCGCCACCCAAACAUUGUCCUGUUUGUCGGUCUGAGCAAAGAGCCUGGAGUCGACGGCCGAGUCUUCAUUGUGUCCGAGUACAUUCCACGCGGCAACCUGCGAACGUUUAUUCGCUCCGGAUGUGCAUUCCCUUGGCGUCUAAGGAUCUCGUUUGCGACCGAUAUUGCCCGCGCAGUCGCAUACCUGCACGCCAGACAGUGUAUCCACCGUGACCUCAAGGGCGAGAACUUGGUUAUUACGAGCAACGACCGCAUCAAGGUCGCCGACUUUGGGUUUGCACGUAUCACGGGCCGCAACGACGAGGAAAUGAAGCACAUGACGUACUGUGGGACAGACGGCUACAUGUCACCUGAGAUUCUCAUGGGGGAAGAAUUCGACCUCCCGACAGACGUCUACUCGCUUGGCAUCAUCUUUAUGGAGAUCCUGACCCGCAUCUUGGUGGGCUCCAAGGUCUACUCGCGGCAGGCACCACACUUCGUCCCAGAUCCCAAGAUUGUGCGUCAACGUGCCUCCCCCGGCUGUCCUCGGGCGUUUAUCGACCUGGCUAUCGCCUGCUGUAGCCUGUGUUCUGCCGACAGACCCAGCAUGCCUGAGGUUCUUGCCAAGCUGCGGGCCAUUGAGCUUGCGCUGCCCGAGAUCGACACCAGCGAGCACGUUGGUUCCCUCCGACUCCGUCGCGAGGGCCCGCGCGCAUUACCCGUCUUUGACCGUUCCAUGUCCGUGGGAUCCGAGGUUGCCGCUGCCGCCGUCGAUGCACAGCUCGGCGGUCUCGACGACGAGGAGAUGGAAGAGGAGAUGCUCGAGGAAGUCGUCCUGGACGCCCUGGUAAACGCCGACGUCCAAGUCGGUCCAGUGUCCGGUGCUGUUCGCCCGCACCGUGGCGCAAGCUACUUUACCCAGUGGAGCGACGACACCCCUGGCAGCCAGUACAUGGAAGCGACGGAAAUGCAGAGCCACCACAUGUUGCUCGGCAGCGAGAUAUUUGCGGGUCCAUCCUCUGGCGUCAUCCAGCGCGCCACAAUCAUCAAUGUUGCGUCAAUGCGGCGUACCAGUAUGCCCUGCUCAUACCCUCCUUCGCCACCAUAUGACAACUCGUCUGAUGAGGGAUCAGUAUGUACCAUCAAGGAGGACAAGGUUGAAAAGGUCCGCGGCGAACCGGAGGCCGGACCAUUCGUACCUCAGGUCGAGGUAACCGACAUGGACGAGAGUGUGGCCACGACAGCACCACAACCCUCACCACCAUCUACCGAGUCACUUCCUAGGCCAUCAACCGACACCAUCACUCCCAUCACUGCUUUCCUCGUACCGAGGAACAGGGUCUCAAGUGAUGGCAGCUCGAGUGGACCCAGUGACGCUUCCACAGGACCCAGUGAGGGUGCCUCUUCCAGUGGCAGCGACGUUGCCGUUCCUUCUGCUUGUCCUUCCCCAUCAAUCCCCCGCCGGACCUCCAACUCGGGACGCCACCGGUUCACCCUCGUCCACCGUGACCCACCAGCUUUGUCAAACAGCAAACGCAUCCCUUCAUCACUCGCAGCCAACCUCGCCAGAGCGUUCCUCCCACGCACCCUCACGGGCCCCAGGGACAAGUGUCCCGUGUGCUGCAAGCGUCUCGGGCCACGGGCAGCGUUGCAGUGCGACGACUGUGGGAUUCUUGUCCACGCCAAAUGUUCCGCGGACGCAUCGCGCAACUGCACGACGGAUAUCAGCAUUGACGAAUGA